AUGUUUGAUACUCUUGGACUCAUUUACAUGACUUGCUGGUGUAUGAUGCUAUUUCAUCCUUUGCAUGCUGAUAUCCAGUGUAUGGAGUUAGAGGCACAAGAAUCACCUAUUAGAAACGUGAAAAUGAAUUGGAGAAAAAUGGAACUGUCCUGGGAGAGCAGCAAGAAUUUCUCUAAGUACAAAUGUAGCAUCAUGGACAUGGACAUGGAAAGAGUACAGAAAGAGGUGAAUAGUCCACUAUGCAGGUUUCCAGUGGAACAAUACAUAUCUCUGCACAAAGGGGUAUUCUUUACCAUUGAAGUGCCAAACACAAACACCUCAAAAAGUUGCACCUUUAACCCUGGAGGCACGAAUGGGUCAGCCAUUGUUAACUUCUCCUGUGUGAUUUACAACAUCUCCUUCAUGAACUGCACUUGGCAGGCAGGCAAGAAUGCUCCAGGAGAUACCCAAUAUUUCCUCUACUGGCAGAACUCAAGAGAUGACAAGGAGAUGGAAUGUGAGCUCUACUUUAAGGAUGAAAAUGGCAGAAACAUAGGAUGUAGAUUCCAAAAUGUGACAAUAAAUAGUGAGAAAGCUUACUUCCUGGUGAAUGGGUCUAGCAAAGACUCCCUGAUCCAGUUCCAUGAUGAGUACAUUCAACUAUAUAAAAUUGAAAUACUCACUCCUCCAUUAAAUGUCACUGCCAAUUGUGCUGGAGAUUCAGCAGGUUGCGUAAUUACAUGGCAACCACCCCUUACAAGUCAUGUGGAAAACAUACGCUGUUUUCAGUAUGAAAUUAGCAUACAAAAUAAGGACCGGUCCAAAGAGGCGAAGGAGGAUGCUCCUUUAAGAGUAAGGAACAACAGCUACAACUUCCAAAAUUAUAAUAAGAAAAAAAUAUACACUCUGAGAAUCAGAGCACGUGGAAAAAGCUGUCUCAUAAGCUCAAACUGGGGGGAAUGGAGUGAACCCAUCGAGUUUGGUCGAGGGAAAGAUUACUUUAUUUCUGUGAUUUUAUUUCUGAUAGCACUUGGAACAAUCUCAAUGAGUGUGCUCCAGUAUUGUCUCUGCAAAAGGUAUUGCAGUGUGAAGAGCAUAUUUUCUCCCGUACCACAACCAAGAGAUAAAUUUAAUGCAUCAACUGAUGAGGAUAUUCAGGCAGAAUCUGUAAAUCUAACAAAAAAAAGCUGUACUGAGGAAAUAACCAUGGUUGAGGAAAUGACAUAA